AUGUUCAGCUGGGUCAAACAGGAGCAGGGAGGCCGCAACAAGGAGGGAGAGAUGUACCAGACUGUGACCGAGGGGCUGCAGACCCUCUACACCAAGAAGCUGCUGCCUUUAGAGGAACAUUACCUCUUCCAUGACUUCCACUCUCCGGCGCUGGAGGCCGCCGACUUCCAGAGCAAGCCCAUGGUGCUGCUGGUCGGCCAGUACUCCACCGGGAAGACCACCUUCAUCAGGUAAGGAGUGUUCCCUGAAGAGAGGCCUGUCUGGGCCUGCUGAACCGACUGAAAAGAUAAAAGUCAUCCAGGAGGGUGGGGGGUUAAUCCACAUGUGGUACACUCACCUUUAUCAGGUGUUAGAUCAGUUUACACCCGCUUUACUUUUCUCGCACCAAACCUCAUUGAAAAAUGUGCGUGUUUAAACUUUUUGACACACAGAUUUCAAUAGUAAAGUGAAGCGUUGAUUUGAUGGUUCCAGAUAAAGACUUUAGGUUUACAGAAAUAAAUCGGCCAAAUAAAACAAACCAAAGCUGGGCGGUGAAGUAGAAAAAGAGCGGAGAUAAGAUAGGGCUUAAUGCGUUUGUGCAGGGUCUCCUCAGUGCAUUCUGUUCGAGAGCGGCUGGAAGAGCAACAUGAAAUACUUUAAUUAUUAUUAAAAGAUGUCCUUUUGAGAAAUUAUACUGAGCCCGAAUUAUGCAGUCUGCUCUGUCUUAUAACGGAAUACCCUUCAGCUUUUGUUAUGAAUUGUAAAACUUUACGGAAUAGAAAAGAGCGGUAAAUGAGACAUAUUCUGAAUGGAGUUUGGACAGCGGUUCCCCAAAAGAGUGUUAGUUAUUUAAUUCUUUUAAAACCGAGAGAAACAAUGCUUUUUAGUGCACAAUAGAAGGCUAUGGUACUGUUUUUACUAUCCACCUCCACGAAAAACAAAUUAAUUGAAAUCUAACUGUAUUGUGCAAACACAGUUUUCACUGGGACUUCCUGUAAUACAAGAGCAAGUGUCAGGUUACAGUCAAUUCUGUUCCUAACUCUUAACAUUUGUGUGCUUAACAUGAGAGUGACUUGACUCAUUUUAACUGGAACAGGAGGGCUUUCUGGUUUUAACCAUUCUGGUCCUCUGGGAGACAUUUGUGUCACAGUUGUGGAGCUCCAUCAGCUCCACCCUGAUGCCAUGUGUGGUGUGUAAGUCUGCUGUGACUCAUGUUAGAAACUGUGUCCAUAAAGCCGGACUGCUGCAGGGACUGGCACAUCUGUGGGCACCAGCUGAGGUUUGUGGGUACUGUAGUCCACUCAAACACCACCGCCUCUCAGAUGAAAAGGAUCAGAGCUUCAUGUUUGUGUUUCCUUGUGUGUAAUCGAUCGUCCAUUGUUGUGUGUUUUUCCGUUUUAUUCUGCAGCUCAGAGUUUUAUUGUUUCCUGAGUUUCUGUUCCUGUUGAAUCAGUCCGAGCUGGAGCUGACGGUCUUUAGUAAACAUGAUUUCAAAGAUCAUGACAAACGUGCGUGAACUUGUACGACGCCCAAUACCAACUGGGAGUCUGCAGAAAAACCAGUCUGUAUGGAGAGCAAAAGCAGGAGGAACACCGACUUCUUAGUCCUUUUUUCUCGUCGGUUUUUUGGUUUGAAAAUAGUGACAGAAUUCAUCCUGCGUCUUUGCAAAUCAACUCUGAAAAGAUCUGAACGUUAACAAGCUGGAGACUCUAGUUCAAACCUUUGAGUAGAUUAUUAAAACACUUAUUAAUUAAUAAAACACUUAAAUCUUCCUGAUUCUACACACUUCAUAGUUUUAAAGUCUCCUGUUUCCUCAUGAGCUCAGGGUUUAUUUUUACCCUGAUUGUUGCCUGAAGGUUCUCAGGCUGUCACGAGGCCCAGAGCUUAUCAUUAUGCUGCUAGAUACCACAACAAACACACUUUACUAAUACACACACUUAAACACACACACACACACACACACACACACACACACACACACACACACACACACACACACACACACUCAGAGGUGAGGAUUUCACAGAAAAAUCCCACAAACACUCAAACGCGUCAUGAAUGUGCUCUUUAAUCCUGGUUGUGUUUAAUCGUUGUUGUGUUCAGUCUCCAGCAGCGCUCUCACACUCACACACACACUCUAUUUACAUUGUUGCUCGCCUCAAUAACUCCUCGUUAUCUCAGUCAGACCUGUGACAUCACUUCCUGUUGUUGUGCGGAGGUUGGAUGAUGUAAUUAAGCCGAUAACUGUCGGACAGUAUGAGAAGGUGGACUCUGUUAUUGAUGAUUGAUGGUUUUUCUCUGAUUGAUCUGAUUACACAGAAAUAAGUGAGGAAGUGUUCGUUUCCUCAAACGAAGGAGGCGGCGUCUGUCCGACCCCGACAGCAGAAACGACUCGAUUACACAAGAACUCAUAAUCUAGUACAGAUACCUUCAGCUGUGAGGGACCAGAUCUAGACUAGGGAGACACCGAUCCAAUAUUUGGAUCAGAUAUUGGCUCCGAUAUUGACAAAUUAACGGGAUCGGAUAUCUGAUGAAUGAUGCCGACUUCUUUUUGCUGUGUGUUAAUGUACGAUUUGUUAUUUGUUGAUAAAUAAUAUUAAGUAAAUUUAUAUCUGUGUUAAUUUGUGACAUUUUUUUUUUUUUAACAAGGCUAAUAUCAAGCCUGAUGCCUUUCCUCACAGGUAAACAGUUCAUUCAUUAAUUUCGACAGUAGGAUUGGAUCGGUAUCGGCCGAUACGCUCAGCUCAGGUAUCGAUAUCGGAUUGGAUCAGAAAAAAUUGGAUCAGUGAAUCUCUAAUCCAGGCAAAAACUCUCAUCUUGCUCAGCGUGUAUUUCUGGAAAGCUGUCGGUCUCACAGAACGAGUGGAUUUUAUGAUAAUUUGCUGCAUGUCUACCGUUCUGUUUUUAAAGCUGAUACUGUGAAAACAAUAACGUCAUGUUGUAAAGCAGUUUGGACCUCACCCUUCUCCUGUCCACCAUCAUUACCUCCUCAACUCCUCGGCUAUCAGUCUGACUGAUAAUUAUGACACCUGUUCAUAAUCAUUUGGCCGAGUCACCCUGACAGAAACCCUAACCAAACCCCAUUGAAAAAUCCUCCUUUUUAAGCCCCCUUAUACAAAAACACGUUCUCUGAAUGUAACCUAGUUCUGCUGUGAUUUACAGUUCUUGUCAGUGUGUCUGCUGAGGCCCGGAGCUGCAGGAUGACACAGUCUGAGCAGGUCUCAGCUCGUCCCUCUGAGAUCUAGGUCAAACCGUACUCUUACUUCACUCCCCUCCUGCAGCUGGGAGUCCUGACACACACCCUUCCCUGUCUGUCUGACAGGUGUGGGGAGUUACCUGCAGAUCUGGAUGACUGAGCUUGUCGAGAUAACACAGGUGUGGAUAAGGAUUAAAACAACCUGCCGGAGUCAACCUCUAUCAGCUGAACUCACCAAAACACUCAAUACAUGUGUUUGAUAUCUGAUAUUGAUCUUUGUGGGCGGGGCGUUUCUCUCAGGAGGCCAAAAAGCUUUAAAUAUGCAGAUUUUCCUAUGAGGUUUGGUAAACUGACGGACAAAGAGCAAAACAGUGAUGAUCAGAGUUUUCAUGAAUGCAGCAAAGAGGGGGAGGGUACAGAUAAGGAUUAUAACAACCUGCUGGAGUCAUCCUCUAUCAGCUGAAUUCACCAAAACACUCAAUACAUGUGUUUGAUAUCUGAUAUUGAUCUUUGUGGGCGGGGCUUUUCUCACAGAAGGCCAAAGAACUUAAAAUAUGCAGAUUUUUCUAUGAGGUUUGGUAAACUGACGGACAACGAGCCAAACAGUGAUGAUCAGAGUUUACAGAGGGGGAGGUUACAGAGUUAAACAAACAAAAAUAUCAGGAUGAUGUCACACAGACUCUAAUAGAUUAUUGAUCAGCAGAAAUAUUCACUCCUCGGUGAGUCAAACCAGGAGACUGUACGGUGGCCUGGAAGGAAAGAAAACAACAACGGGUCAGACUGACUUUGGGCUGAGGUCAUUACACUUCAGCAACGGUUCAUGAGGCUUAUCUCCAGUCUGCAGACUGUGUGUGUGUGUGUGUGUGUGUGUGUGUGUGUGUGUGUGUCACAGGUUUUGGCAGCACACCAGCAGAAAUGACCUGCAAUCAGUUUACAUCCAGAACGAGCUGCAGAGUGAUUGUUGCUGCUGCUAAAACGUGCGUGUGUGUGUGUGUGUGUUCUCCACUACUUCAGACCCACCCUGCCCUGAGGAAUGCUAUGAAUCAUGGGAACUAAAAAGAAUGCAGAGAAUUAUGGGAACAGGUUGCCAGUAAAAUGCAGAAUCGACAUAUUUUUUCUUUUCUUCUUUGACUUUUUAAAACUUUUUCUUUUUCUAAAUAUCCUCCUCUUUUCUCUUUUCUCUUUUCUCUCCGUCUUUUCUUUCCUCCUUCGCUCCUUUGACCUCCUCUUACUUUACCUCACAUUGACAUCAACUCCUCUGUUUUUAUGUCUCUGAGUUUUAUUUUCUCUUCGUCUGUUUUCCUCUAAUUCUUCCUCUUUUUCUUCUCUGUCUGUUUUUCUCUCUGCUCUUUAUUCGUCUUCUUCGUCUUUGUCAUCCUCCUCUUCCUCUUCCUCUUCUUCUUCUCCUCUCUUUGGACCCCACAGUCCUGCUCCUCCAGCUGAUCUCCGUGUCUCAGAUCCUCCUCCUGGACCUCCUGAUGGAUGUGGAUCUGUGAUCUUGAGUCUCUGCGUCCGUCUCUCUUUGAUGUCCUGCUCUGGCGCUGACAAACAGGAAGUGAGCGGACAGUCUCUUCCGUCUCUUCCUUCCUUUCUCACUUUUCUUUGACGGGGAAACUUGGCGAAGGUCGGCGAGGGUCGGUGUGACUGUGAGCGAGCUGGAAACGUUUGUUUUGAAGGUCAUUUCAUCCUCAAACUCUCUCCUCACAGGUACCUCCUGGAGCAGGAUUUCCCGGGGAUGCGGAUCGGACCGGAGCCGACCACGGACGGCUUCAUCGCUGUGAUGUACGGCGAGAACGAAGGCGUCGUCCCCGGCAACGCUCUGGUG